AUGCCGUCUCCGUUUCUAAAUCCGAAUCCCACAGCGGACCCCGACAGUCUCGCCCUGCUGCAGCUGCGUCGCGACCAGAUCGUCCCGACAAUCCUCCGCGACCAUGACGAUGAGAACCAAGGCUACUUCGAAGGCAAGGUCACCAACACCCGCUUUGGUUCAUUCCCGCAUAGCACUUUGAUCGGAAAGCCAUGGGGCUCCCAAGUCGUUGCCUCAAAAGUCGACACUGGCUCUCGCGGCCGUCGCUCAACCAACAAGCGCAAGGCCGAGGAUAUCGAAGCGUCUGCGACACCGACUGGUACAGAGGAGGAGACAUCAAAGCCGGCACUGAGAGCCCCCGUUGCCGCCGACAGUGGAUUCCUGCACGUUCUUGCCCCGACACCCGAAGCGUGGACCAUCUCUCUUCCGCACCGCACGCAGGUCGUGUACACCCCGGAUUACAGCUACAUUCUCCACCGACUGCGCGCACGACCAGGAUGCACCGUAAUUGAAGCCGGAGCUGGCAGUGGCUCAUUUACACACGCAUCAGCUCGCGCCGUGUUCAGCGGGUACCCCGAGACCGAGCAGGCGACGAAGAAGCGUCGGCUUGGAAAGGUGUGCAGUUUUGAAUUCCACGAACAGCGCGUUGAGAAAGUGAAGGAAGAGAUUAAAGACCAUGGCCUUGAAGGUCUAGUCGAGGUCACUCAUCGUGAUGUUUACGAGGAUGGUUUCCUCUUGGGCGAGCCUCAUACGGGCAAAUCGCCCAAGGCCAAUGCGAUUUUCCUCGAUCUGCCUGCUCCCUGGCUUGCGCUGAAGCAUCUAGUGCGCCACCCACCUGCCGGCCAAGAAUCAGCUCUUGACCCCGAAUCGCCUGCGUAUCUAUGCACGUUCUCUCCAUGCUUGGAGCAGGCCGAGCGUACGAUCCGCACAAUGCGCCAGAUGGGGUGGCUCAAUAUCUCCAUGGUGGAAGUCGCCCAGCGACGCAUCGAUGUGAAGCGUGAACGCGUGGGCCUGGACGCUGAAGGCGAACGCGGAGCAACUCUGUUUCCCCAGACAGUUGAGCAAGCGGUCAGCAAGCUUCGCAGCGAUGAACAACACGCCAAGCUUGUUCGUGAGAAUCGUUCAAAUAUUGGUCUUCCGGAUUAUGAGCCUAUCGAGAAGGCUGAAUCGACAUACAAAGAUAGAGAUGCCGAUUUACCAAAGUACGCCCAAGGUCGCUUGGUGCAUCGGUCUGAGAUAGAUCUCAGAACUCACACUUCAUACCUGGUCUUUGCGAUCUUGCCUAGGGACUGGAGCGAGGAAGAUGAGAAGAAGUGCAGGGAGCAGUGGCCAUCUGCAAAGGUGACUCAACCUAGUCAAGAGAAGAAAGUGAGCAAAAAGCAACUGAAGCGAGAAGCCGGCAUGGAGCGGGCAAGAAAGCGCGAAGAGAAAGCGAAACAAGAGCAGGAGACUCAGGCUGAACCUACAGAUAAGACUGAAGAUGCUUCCGAGGUAAAUGCCGAGGCAUGA